CUUUGACAACAAUUUCAUUUCGAAGUUCGGCAUCGCUAAUUGUCAUCGGCGUAUAUUACAGGUAUAGAAAUGAGGCAUAUUUGGGGUAUAUUUAUCAAUGCAUUGAACUAUUAGCAUUUUUCCUACAUAUUCUGCGAUGGCCAACGUUGUGACAGAACGUUUCGAUGCCCUACUCCGAUGGGUAGAGAAUGAUGGUGGUAGUCUCAAUCCUGCCAUUGAAAUCUUCCACGACGAGGUUACUCGAGCGUCUUUUCGCGUGAGGGAAUCAUGUUCAACUGGAGUUGAUGACGCUAUAGUUACGCUCCCGCUCUCCAAAUCCCUUUCGUAUCUCGAUGCUAUUGAUGGUCAUCCGGAUUUCGGUUUCUCCUCAUCUCCAAGUACCUCAAACCACGAUGAUGAAAGCUAUUUCCCAGGGGAUUUCUUGAAAAAUACACCACCCCAUGUCAUUGGUCGGUUCUUUCUCAUGCAACAAUACCUUCUUGGGUCCAAGUCAAAGUGGUGGCCAUACAUACGAACUCUCCCUCAGCCUGAGCAUAUGAGCAGUAUUCUUCCGGUAGUAUGGCCAUCGGAUGAUAUCGAGUUCUUGAGAGGUACCAAUGCCUUUACGGCGGUGCAAGAUGUCAGAUCGAAUCUCAAAAAGGAAUACAAACACGCUAUGAAAUUACUACCAGAGAACUACCAUACAGCAUACACACGGCCGUUGUAUCACUGGGCGUUUAGUAUAUUUACUAGCCGUAGUUUCCGCCCCUCGCUCAUUCUUCCCGAAGAAACUCAGCUAAGUAUUCCAUGCGAGUUGGAUGACUUCUCAAUCCUGCUUCCUCUAUAUGAUAUUGGAAACCAUUCGCCAUUGGCCAAAAUUGCAUGGAGCACCGACAAACAGACUCGAUUAUGCACGCUCAAGUCAAGACAGACAUAUUCGGCCGGGGAACAAGUAUUUAACAAUUACGGGAUGAAAACCAAUGUCGAGCUGCUUCUAGGCUAUGGUUUUACGCUCCCAGAGAACGAUAAUCUCCAUAAUGACUAUAUUCAUAUUAAGACAAAAGCGGACCCCGAUGCUGGCGACUUGGCAGCUACACAUAUCGUGUCAUUAAGACCAAUGGCGCAUCAAAGUUCAUUCGUAGGACGCUCAAAACUCUUGAGCGCAGAGUCAAUGAGCUGUCUGCCUUGCUUCUCGCAUGUCCAAGACACCCUCAUCGCUGCCCUAUACGAAGCUAUUACGAAGGGCGGAGACGAAACAGGCGAAAUCGAUUUGGCCAAUAUCAUGCGGGGCGAGAUUCCCGGUGAGGUGGUUACGAAAAUCGUUGAUUCAUUAGGUUCAAAAUUGAGCAUGGAUCUGGAAGAGAUAGAGGUGAAUGAACCGGAAUAUGAGCCUACCAACCGCAACCAGCAGUUGGCCAUAGAACAUCGAGACCAAUGUAAGAAAGUGUUAGAAAACGCACUUCGGAGCCUCUUGGCGGGAAAUGGCUGAGAUCUCAUAUAAGAUGUGGGCAUCACGAGUUUGGUGGUUUGCACCAUCGCAUAUUAAAAGUCGAUAAAUUCAUUCUCAAACUCCGAACUAGGGGUAUCAAAAUGCAAUCUGCCGCCGACGCCCAAUAAUACUAGAGCACAUACAACCUCCUUUUGGACCCAAGACAUUCUCAAUGACUGGGGAAUGUGCCCACUCCACAUC